UAUGGACAUAAAGGAAUAAUAUGCAUAGUAUACACAAAAAAAUUACACCGCUAAUGUGUUUAAAGUAGGGGAUCAUAAUUUCAUAUUGGACAAAAGAUAUAAUCCCACAAAUCAAUUAGGAAGUGGAGCCUAUGGAGUGGUCUUACAGGCAGAUGAUUUAAAGGCUCCUCCUGAAGGACCUAAAAAAGUGGCAAUUAAGAAAAUCGAGAAGACUUUUUAACACCGUUUUUAUGCUAAACGUACAUUAAGAGAAUUGAAAAUAUUGAGGAAUCUUAAACAUGAAAAUGUAUUCUUUAACAUAUCUCCUAGAUUGUUAAUUUAAUUACCAUAGCUUUGCCCAAAUCAAGAGUAUCAAUGAAUGACAUGUAAAGUAAUGAAAUAAUUUUAGUUAUUUGGUUACAGAAUUAUUGGAUACUGAUUUACGUAAAGUAUUAGAAAGAGAACAUGCUAAAUUAACAGAAGAUCAUUAUAAAUUAUUUCUAUAUUAAAUCUUAAGAGGAAUUAAAUAUAUGCAUUCUGCCAACAUUUUACAUAGAGAUUUAAAGCCAAGGAAUAUACUCUUAAAUAAAGAAGAUUGUAUGUUAAAAGUCUGUGAUUUUGGUUUAAGUCGUGCAUUACUUAGUCAAGGAUUAAAUGGUUAAAAUCCAAAUGUGAUGACUGAUUAUGUUGAAACUAGAUAUUAUAGAGCUCCUGAAUUGCUUCUAGGAUUGAAAUAAUAUACAAAAGCUGUAGAUAUGUGGUCAGUAGGUUGUAUUUUUGCUGAAAUUGUACGUGGAAAAGCAUUAUGGAGAGGAGCAUCUGCAGAAUCUUAAUUAAAAUUAAUCUUUGAAACUAUUGGUACUCCUAAUAAAUAAGAAAUUAAAAAUUAUAAAGAUCCUUUCUUCUAACAAAAGAUGUUAGAAGCUGUGGUUCAUUUAGGAUAAUUUUAGAAAGUUCCACUGGACAAAAUCAUCAAAGGAAUUUCUCCUCAUGGAUAUGAUUUAUUAGAAAGGCUUUUAGAAAUUGAUUUUAAUAAAAGAAUUACAGCUGAUGAAGCAUUGGCUCAUCCAUAUUUUGAGGAUCUUCAUUCUCCUGAAGAUGAGCCAUUUCGUCAACCAGUGAGUGACAAAGAAUUUGAAUUUGAAUUGUAUGAAUUAACAACAGAAUAAUUAAAAGGUAUUUUAUAUCUAUAAUUAAUAGACAUGGUAUAUGAGGAAAUACUACUAUACCAUUAUCCUGAUUUUAGAAAAGAAUAUGAAAGAAAAAUAGCUGAAAAUGAAAGUGUUAUUAAACAUAUCUUAACAGGAUAAAGUGCAAGAUUAAUAGAUCCAUUAGCAGACGAUGAUUUUCCUGAUUUUUAAUGA